AUGCGACCUAUUGAUGUUACCCCAGCAAUCGCCGAGAAGCUCUUAACCACGGUGUACAACAAUGUCAAGAUCACAAGGCCAGCACGAUUCAAAGUUGGUGAUCCGGUACGUGUGAGCAAAUUCAAAACAGUAUUCGAUAAAGAAUAUACGCCUAAUUGGACGACCGAAGUAUUUAAAAUCAAUAAAAUACAAACGACCUAUCCUGUGACGUAUCUGCUUGAGGAUUCACGCGGACAAUCUGUUGCUGGAGGAUUCUACGAAUACGAACUGCAUCGCGUUGCACAUCCAGACGUUUAUCUCGUGAAAAAAGUAUUACGCAAAAAUGGUGAGAAGGUUUAUGUAAAGUGGCUAGGAUUAGACGAGUCAUACAACUCUUGGAUAAAUAAAACUAAUGUUCUGUAA